AUGGAUGAGCUGAUUUUGGACCCCUCCUUGUACACUGUCAAAGCCAUUCUGACUCUGGACAAUGGUGGAGAUAGAUUUUUUGCCAAGUACUGUGACAACAGCUACCCCGGUGUCAAGGAGCAAAAGGCCUUUGAGAAGAACACUUUCAACAAGACCUGUCAGACUGACACUGAAACUGCCCUCUUGGGAGGCCUGACAGUGGUAUGCAAAAGCAGUAUCGAUCUCUAUUUCUAUACGAUUGGCAGCUCAUACGAAAAUGAGAUGAUGCUCAUGGCUAUUCUGAACUGCCUCUUCUUCGACUCACUGAGCCAGAUGUUGAGGAAAAAUGUAGAAAAGCGAGCUCUGCUGGAGAACAUGGAGGGGUUCUUCUUGGUUGUGGAUGAAAUCGUAGAUUGGGGGGUGAUCCUAGAGAGCAAUCCCCAGCAAUGGGUACAGUGGGUGGCACUAAGGGGAGAUGUCCCCCUUACAGAGCAGACCAAGUCUCAGGUGCUGCAGUCAGCCAAAGAACAGAUCAAGUGGUCACUCCUUCGGUGAAGACCUCACUGUUCCUGGCUCCUUACCCCCUCAAAAAAUCCACAU